CUUCGAGAAAUCUCUAUACAUUCUACACCAUGUAGUAUAUAAGAGCGAGGUUUCCAUCGUUUGGAUUAGAUACAGUUGAGCUGAACAAGUAAGCAAGACAACAAAGUCUUCAAGCGACAGCAACCUAAGCAUUUUUCUUACAGUGCUAGUUAAAGUGAUUUGCUUAAAUUUACUUGAAACAUCGAUACGUCUAAAUCAUCUAAAAGUUGUGAGAUAAGCGAUUCUGUUAAUAGUGUUAAAGUAAUACAGAAGCUGCAGAUCUCUUAGUCUACUUAUCUAAGUAGCUAGGCCUACCUACACGCAUUAUAGAUCUAACUCUAAAUUGCUUGAUAUUCAAGAUCCAGAAUCCAGAUACAGUCGGAACUUCAUAAAGCCUAGAAGAUGCCUGGAAGAAAUAAAGCUCCAGCUAUUGGUAUUGACCUCGGGACAACCUAUUCUUGCGUGGGUGUGUUUCAACAUGGCAAAGUGGAGAUCAUUGCCAACGACCAAGGGAACAGAACAACCCCAAGUUAUGUAGCCUUCACUGACACUGAACGUCUAGUGGGUGAUGCAGCCAAAAACCAGGCAGCCAUGAAUCCUAGCAACACAAUCUUUGAUGCCAAGAGAUUGAUUGGUAGAAAGUUUAAUGACAAAACAGUUCAGAGUGACAUGAAGCAUUGGCCCUUCAAGGUUGUGGAAGUUGAUGGGAAGCCCAAAAUCAAAGCAGAGUACAGAGGAGAGCAGAAACUGUUUGCCCCAGAAGAGAUCAGUUCAAUGGUUCUCACCAAGAUGAAAGAGACAGCUGAAGCUUAUCUGGGUCAAAAAGUCACAGAUGCAGUGAUCACAGUACCAGCUUAUUUCAAUGACUCUCAAAGACAAGCAACAAAAGAUGCUGGUGCCAUUGCUGGAAUUAAUGUGCUUAGAAUCAUCAAUGAGCCUACAGCAGCUGCAUUGGCAUAUGGACUGGAUAAAGGUCAGAAAGGAGAAAAGAAUGUUUUGAUAUUUGACUUGGGUGGAGGUACUUUUGACGUCAGCAUCUUAACUAUUGAUGAAGGCUCAAUGUUUGAAGUGAAAGCCACCGCUGGCGACACACACCUGGGUGGUGAGGACUUUGACAACAGAAUGGUUUCUCACUUUGUGCAGGAGUUCAAACGCAAACACAACAAAGACAUGAGCAACAACCCAAGGGCCAUCAGACGCCUUCGUACUGCAUGCGAACGAGCCAAGAGAACCCUCUCCAGCAGCUCUGAAGCCUCCAUUGAAAUAGACUCUCUCUAUGAAGGUAUUGACUUUUACACCAAGAUCACUAGAGCCAGAUUUGAAGAACUUUGUGGUGACCUCUUCAGGUCAACAUUACAGCCUGUUGAGGCAGCACUGAGAGAUGCCAAACUAGACAAGGGCAAAAUAGAUGAAGUUGUGCUUGUUGGUGGAUCAACUCGUAUUCCAAAGGUCCAGAAGCUGUUGAGCGACUUUUUCAACGGCAAAGAGCUGAACAAAUCCAUCAACCCAGAUGAAGCUGUAGCUUAUGGUGCUGCUGUACAAGCAGCUGUACUGACAGGGGACACCAGUGAGACCAUUAAAGAUGUGCUGCUAGUGGAUGUUGCUCCUCUCUCACUGGGUAUUGAGACAGCUGGGGGUGUCAUGACACCUCUGGUCAAGAGAGGCACAACCAUUCCAACCAAGACCUCUCAGAUAUUUACCACUUACUCAGACAAUCAGCCCGGUGUCGACAUCCAGGUCUACGAGGGUGAACGUGCCAUGACCAAAGACAACAACCUGUUGGGCCAGUUUCACCUAACGGGCAUUCCCCCUGCACCGAGAGGUGUACCCCAGAUAGAAGUUACAUUUGACAUUGAUGCUAAUGGCAUACUAAAUGUCAGUGCUCAGGAUAAAAGCACUGGCAAGUCCAACAAUAUCACCAUCAAAAAUGACAAAGGUCGACUGAGUCAAGCAGAGAUAGACAGAAUGUUGUCAGAAGCUGAGAAAUACAAAGAUGAAGAUAAAAGACAGCAGGAGAGGGUAUCAGCCAGAAAUCAGCUUGAGAACUACGUCUUCAGUGUUAAACAGGCCGUAGACGCUGCUGGAGAGAAAUUGUCCUCAAAGGACAAAGACACAGUACUCAAUGUUUGUAACAGUACCUUGAAGUGGAUAGAUAACAACUCACUUGCAGACAAAGAAGAAUUUGAAGACAAGUUGAAGGAGAUACAAAAGGUCAGCUCAUCAGUUAUGGCUAAACUCCAUUCCCAAGGUGGACCUACAUCUUCAAAUGGUCAUCAAGGUGGACCAACAGUAGAAGAAGUAGACUAAAAUGGCAUUUUAUUUAUUAGACAUUUUAUUAACAUUUUUUUGCUGUAACAGCCAAUUUGCACGAGUGUUUUAAUGUCUUUCAAUGGGUGGUGUACAUGAAGUACCUGAUAUUUAUUUUAAUGAUGUGCAAUCUGUGUGCAGAAAAGUCAAUGAAAUCUCAUUUUUUGUUGUUGUUAUAUAUAUAUAUUAACCAAUGUGUGUAAAAAGGAAAAUGUGUUAAUUCAAGUUUGCUAGGUUAAA